AUUUGUUGCUAAACAUGGGUAUGGUUUUCGGGAAAAUCACGGUGGAGACACCAAAAUUCCAAGUCAUCCGCAGCACGGCAGACUACGAGAUCCGUCAAUACCCACCGUCGGUGGCCGCCGAAGUCACCUACGAUCCAUCCCAGUUCAACGGAAACAAAGAUGGUGGGUUCACCAUACUUGCCAACUACAUCGGUGCAUUUGGCAACCCACAGAAUACAAAGCCAGAAAAGAUCGCGAUGACGGCACCGGUAAUAACGACGACGAUGGCAGAGAAGAUAGAGAUGACAUCGCCGGUGGUGACGAAGGGUGGUGGAGGAAGGGUGACGAUGCAGUUUAUACUGCCGGAGAAGUAUAAAACGGCAGAGGAAGCACCGAAGGCGGUGGAUGAGAGGGUGGUGAUAAAGGAGGAGGGAGAGCGGAAGUAUGGGGUGGUGGGAUUUAGUGGGGUGGCGACGGAAGGAGUGGUGGCGGAGAAGGUGGAGAAGUUGAAGAGGGAUUUGGAGAGAGAUGGGUUUAAGAUCAGUGGGGAGUACGUGUUGGGAAGAUACAAUCCGCCAUGGACGUUGCCUGCUUUUAGGACCAAUGAAGUCAUGGUUCCGGUGGAAUGAAAUCUACGGAAAAUCAAUAAUGUUUCGUCGCUAAUAAAAUCAUGAAAUAUAAUAUAUUUAUUUAUUUUAAAUUUAUUUAAGUCG